AUGGCUGAAUCCAAGAAGGUGGCACUCGUCUUUGGUGCGAGCGGGAUUUCCGGCUGGGCUGUCACCAAAUGCGCUCUCUCUUAUCCCACACCUACUACUUUCUCCAGGGUCAUCGGCUUGACGAACAGACCGUUGCCACUGGAGAAGAGUGGUUUACCGCGCGAUCCACGAUUGGAGUUGCAUUCCGGGGUGAACUUGCGAGGAAGCCUUGAUGAAGUGAAGUCUCAGUUGCAAGAAAAGGUUCCCAGCCUGGAGGAUGUCACCCACGUAUAUUACCUUGCAUACUCCAAUGCGACUGCAUACUCAAUGGAUGUGAUGGGUAUCCGGGAUAUCAAUGAGGGAAUGACAUAUAACGCCGUGCACGCUGUCGAUCAACUGUGCAAAAACUUGAAAUUCUUCGUUCUUCAAACCGGGACCAAUAACUAUGGAGUUGCUGUGUUCCGCUUCCAAGAACAUAUCGAGAUCAACCCUCCCUUACGCGAAGACAACCCGCGCAUUCCCUCGCCCUGGGGAGAUGAGAUUUUCUAUUACGCGCAAGUUGACCUCAUCAAGGAAGCCAACAAGGGCAAGUCUUGGAAAUGGUGCGAGGCUCGCCCAGAUCAAAUCGUCGGUCAUGUUCCUGUCCCCACAAGUAUGACAUACGUUGAGCCCAUUGCCCUCUAUCUGAUACUAUACCGCUAUGUGAACGGUCCCGGUGCCACCGUUGUCUUCCCGGGGCCCUACACAAACUAUGUCCACACGUACACUUCAUCUUCACAGGACAUUAUCGCCCGCUCGGAACUGUAUCUGUCGGUUGAGAAACCCGAUCAGGCGCACGGAGAGGCAUUCAACACGGCUGACAACGCCGAGCCGGAAUCAUGGGCCCUUGUAUGGCCGAAGAUUUGUGAACACUUUGGUCUGACGGCCGAGGGUGCAAGUCCUGAAGAUAAGGGCUGGAAGAAUAUCGAUCAGUGGUGGACUGCACACCAGGAUGACUACCAGAGGAUGUGUGAAGAGUACUGUUUGCAGCCUCGCGAGAUUCCCGCGGAGACUUGGACUUUCCUUUCAGCAGGAUUCAGCUUUUUGGGGCGCGACCGCGCGCUGAGUUUGGAUAAGAUCCGGAGCGUUGGCUUUACUGAAGAGUAUCCCACAGCGUACGGAUAUAUUCGGGUGUUCGAUCGCUUGGUUGAGGAUGGUAUUAUUCCCAGCAAGGAGGCUUGGAACUAG